AUGGCGGCCCAAUCAGGCUCCUGUGGGUCCCAGCCUCAGCAGAAGACCCUUAAAGGACGACAUGGUUCCCAAAAAGGAAUAGUGUCGUCCGGCAGCAUCAAUGCUGCCGGGUCGUCCAGCGCCAAUAACGUCGCCAGACCAGCCGGUGCCAUUAACGGCGCUGUGCCCCUCGGACCCUCCGGUGCCAUUAACGGCACUUUGUCCACCGGAACGUCGGGCGCCAAUAACGUCGCCAGACCAGCCGGUGCCAUUAACGGCGCUGUGCCCCUCGGACCCUCCGGUGCCAUUAACGGCACUUUGUCCACCGGAACGUCGGGCGCCAAUAACGUCGCCAGACCAGCCGGUGCCAUUAACGGCGCUGUGCCCCUCGGACCCUCCGGUGCCAUUAACGGCACUUUGUCCACCGGAACGUCGGGCGCCAAUAACGUCGCCAGACCAGCCGGUGCCAUUAACGGCGCCGUGCCCCUCGGACCCUCCGGUGCCAUUAACGGCACUUCGUCCACCGGAACGUCGGGCGACAAUAACGUCGCCAGACCGAUGGGUGCCAAGAACGGCGCCUUACCCACCGGACCGGAUGGCGCCACUAAAGUCGCCACGGCAACCGGACCUCGAGCCUCGGCGAAAGGCUUUAACGUGACCCCCCAGGAUGCGAGGCCUCUUGGACCCUCCACCGCAUGCGCAGCGGAUGGAAUGUCCGUCAAAAAGACGGAAGGAUCCCCCGGUCUCCAAUCGGCAACUGCAAGUAAUGUUGCCGGAUACAAGGAGGCUUACGCUCGGACGCAUGGUAACGGGGUCGCUACCUGUUCCACUGCGCUCGGCACAAGCCAAACGACUCCGCCGACGAGCAUAGGGGAAUUGCUGCAGAGCAACCUCCGGUCGAGAAGCAAAGUCCCAACGGACCCUUCGGUUGACCGGACACCUCAACCGCCUAACCCUGCGGUAAAGUCUAUCCCGAUACCAGAGGCAUCGGGCAGUGUGGAUACACGGGUAAACCGGAAAGUCGACACCGGUGAAAACCGCAUCCCCUGCCAGGAUCGAGCUGGCCACGGACAGAAGACCGCCGCAGUGAAACAAGCCCCGAGGGAGGAUGCACCCCUAGCGGAUCGGACUGGCGACGGACAGAUGAUCACCGUGGCACCGCAAGCCCAUAAAGAGGAUAGAGCCCGCAAGGUCAACGGGACAGUGAAGUCAAUCCCGAUACCAGAGGCAUCGGGCACUGAGCGGCAGAUAGAAGAGCCGCUAAUGUCUCCUUCGAGCCAGGCCGAGUUAGCAGCCAUGCAAGCCGAGGUAGAAGCACUUUGGGGCAAUGAAAAGCUCCUGACGGAGUGGUACCUUAGAUGA